ACCGAAUGAAUUACGCUUCGAUGACGUAUAUGGCGUCACGUGAUGAGGUGUGUCUCUCUUAAACAUAAAUGCGGAAGGUAAUAAUUUGGUAGAAGAUUGGUUGCUUGAGGUUUUAAUUAGGAAUUAAACUGUUUCAGCUAAUUAACACCGUGUAAAAUGAGACAUAAAAAAAGAAAGAUAUGGUCAAACACGAUUAUUUUACAAUAACUGAUGAGAUGACAGUUAAAUAGUUAAAAUAAAAUAAACUCCAACAAAAUGCCGUGUGAAACAGGCAGACUUCCUGAAGAACAAUAUAAAAAGAUUCAGUCCAAUUAUACUGAACUAGUAGCAGACAUUAAAUAUGAUCCUAUGGGUCUUGCUCGUUCAUUAUUUAAAUACGAAGUCUUCGUUGAUGAUGAUCUGGAGAAAAUAACGAAGGAAGAACGACGUUACGAUGGCGGUAAAAAAGACGCAGCAGCUAAGCUGUUGGAUAUUGUGUUAAACUCUGGUACAAUGGCUUAUAAUAAAUUUAUAAACGCUCUCUACGACGAGAAAUAUUUUAAUGCUUUAUUCCGGCUGGAACCAGGUUUCAAGAGAGCCGAGGAGGAUUCGACAAUAUCUGAUAGACUGUUUAAUGAAUCUUUGAGAAGGGGAACUCUCAGCGGUAUCCCUCCAAUACAAGAAAAUAUAAGAACAUGCACAUAUUUAGACAAGAAAAAUGAAGAUAGUCCACGAUUGAGAACGAAGAAAGAUACCACCAUGACUAUCCUUCAAGAUGUGAUCAAGAAGAAUUCUGUAAAGACCCGUGCAUUUGAAGAAGGUUUGAAUAUAUUAAACAACCACUUCAUAUUGGGUAUAAUAGGAGCAGCGGGCGAUGGUAAGACAACACUUUCAAGUAUGAUUGCCUACCAGUUUAUUCAGGACAACCAACAGUAUAUACCAUUAAUGAUUAACGAGCUAGAUGAUUUAAAUUACGUUACCUUUAAUAAUGAUGAUGAUAAAUAUAUAUUUAUAAUCGAUGACAUGUACGGAAAAUUUAAUAAAUUAAAGGAACGCAUAGACAAAUGGCCUAACCAGUUUGAACAUUUUCGAAUUCGAAAAGAAAAGGGUCAGUUAGCCCUCAUAUAUAUUAUGAGAGAUUACAUUUAUAAUUCUUCAAAAUAUCAGUUGGAUAAAUAUGGGUUAUUCUCUGAAAACACUACAAAAAUAUUUCUCCACAUAGGGGAGUUUUCUCUUAACGACGAAGAGAGAAAACGAUUUUUAAAAUUUUAUAACAUUUCUUCCGACACAAUUAUUUCCAAAAUCGAGGGUUGUUUCGGCUUUCCAGCUAUUUCAAGUGUGUGUAGUAAACUUAAAGCUGACAGUUUGCCAAUCAAUUUAGGAAGCUCGCACGAAUUCUUGCUUACUGAAUUAAACACGUUUUGGAACGAAAAUAAAGACAUAUAUUCCACAUUACUGGUGGUUUUUUGUCUGCAUACUGUUAGGGAAGAAGAUUUAAAACUGGAAUCUCCGAAAGGCGUCCGAGAGCUUACAAAGAAAAUUACUGAAAAUGUUUACAACAGUUUUCAUCUUAAUAUUGCCAAAGAGAAUGUCAAUGAACUCGCAGAAACUUUUAUCAAACUUGUUGAAAGAAACUACCUGUUGAGAGAGUUUGUGGAGGCUCCAUUUUUUUGUCACUUUUCUGAGAAAUGUAUGGAUAUGGCUCUAGAAUAUUGCUCCUUUGAAUUGCUAAUGGCAUUAACCAAAACGACAGGGCAACCAGAGAACCAGUUUAUUAUUAUUCAUGAAAGAUAUUAUGAUUACUUUUCAUUGCGUUGUUUAAAAGAAUUAAAAGCGAAAAACACUGGUAUUUUUCAACACCCAGCUUUUCUUGACAAUAAUUUUUUGACCGAUUUUCUUACUAAGGAUGAUGUGAAAGUUUUGCUGUCUGACAUCAAAACGAUCAGUUUAGGAGAAAUACAAGGUAGUGAAGAAUGUGGAAAUUUUGUCCAUUACAUUUCUCUUUAUGGUGAUCUUGAGUGCCUUACAACUGUACUCGAGAAUUUAAAAGAACAUCUGUUGAAUAAGGACAAAACUAACAUGAACUGGGAUGUAAUGGGUCUCGCUGCUAUUUCGAUGAUUGAACCAAUUGAAAAACUAACGUUUUUACGGGAACGUAACUAUGGUGACAUUGUUACUUUACCUCACCUUGCUGUUUAUUCUGGUAGAUUUGAUAUUGUUCAGUACGUAGCUAGUUUUACAGUAUUUGAUCCUAGGUCUCUUGAUAACAAAUCUAGAACAAUUCUUCACAAUGCUUGUGAUUCUAAUUAUGAUGUUGUUGAAAUUAUUGAUUUUCUGGUAGAAAAAGGAUUUGACAUAAAUGCACAAGAUGGCGAUGGUUCUACCCCACUCCAUCUUGCUGUUGGGCGAGGCAAAAAGCAAAAUGUAUCAAUCUUAAUUAUGAGGGGUGCCUCUGUCCGUGUUCUAGAUAAUAAUGGCAGAGCACCCGCUCACGUAAUUUGCACCGUCGAUGAUGGGAGAAAUGACGUCGAUGCUUCAGGUAUCCUUAAUCAAUUAAUUGAAGCCGGAUCGCCGGUCAAUUCUACUGAUAAGCGUGAGCGAACACCGUUACUAGAGGCGUUCUGUAAUGUGAACAGGAAAUGUAUUCGGUAUCUAUUAACAAAUCAGACAAUGAUGGUUGAUACAGCAGACGAAAUCAAUCAGUUUAUUAUGUACGCAGCAUCCCAGUUAUCAGAUACUACAUUAUUCCGAUCUAUCCUCGAUGUCCCAAAAUAUAUCAAUACAAUGACUUUAUUUCGUUGUUGCCAGUCACUUGAAAACUUGAAGGCGUUGCGUUCUGUAGGUGUCGAUUUUCAUGUUGUAAAUGAUGCAAAAUGUAGUUUACUACACGAAAGUUGCAGAAACGGUACCAUCGAGACUGUUAAGUUUUUGAUUAAUGAAGUAGGAUUAAAUAUUAAUGAUCGAAACAUUAAUGGACAAACGCCUGCAACAUAUUGUUGUUUCUCUAAGAUAAAUCCUGUCGAAAAACUGAAGUUUUUAUCAUUAAAGGGGGCUAACCUAGGUGCAGUAGAUAACAAUAACUGUAGUUUACUACAGAUCAGUUGUAGUCAAGGUAUCAUCGAGACGGUAAAAUAUUUAGUUAAUGAAAUCGGGUUAUGUGUAAACCAUAAAGAUAUAAAUGGUAUGACACCUGCAAUGUACAGUGCUGUAUCUAACAUAAAUCCUCUCGACAAAUUGACGUUUUUAUCAUUAAAGGGGGCUAACCUAGAUAUAGUAAAUAACAAUAACUGUAGUUUACUACAUCUCAGUUGUAGUCAUGGUAUCAUCGAGACGGUAAAAUAUUUAGUUAAUGAAAUCAAAUUAAAUGUAAACCAUAAAGAUGUAAAUGGUUGUACACCUGCAAUGGAUUGUACUGCAUCUAACAUAAAUCCUGUUGAUAAACUUAAGUUUUUAUCAUUAAAGGGGGCUAACCUAGAUGUAGUAAAUAACAAUAACUGUAGUUUACUACAGAUCAGUUGUGGACAAGGUAUCAUCGAGACGGUAAAAUAUUUAGUUAAUGAAAUCGAAUUAAAUGUAAACCAUAAAGAUGUAAAUGGUGUCACACCUGCAAUGGAUUGUACUGUAUCUAACAUAAAUCCUGUUGAUAAACUUAAGUUUUUAUCAUUAAAGGGGGCUAACCUAGAUGUAGUAGAUAACAAUAACUGUAGUUUACUACAGAUCAGUUGUAGUCAAGGUAUCAUCGAGACGGUAAAAUAUUUAGUUAAUGAAAUCGGGUUAUGUGUAAACCAUAAAGAUAUUAAAGGUAAAACACCUGCAAUGGAUUGUACUGUAUCUAACAUAAAUCCUGUUGAUAAACUUAAGUUUUUAUCAUUAAAGGGGGCUAACCUAGAUGUAGUAGAUAACAAUAACUGUAGUUUACUACAGAUCAGUUGUAGACAAGGUAUCAUCGAGACGGUAAAAUAUUUAGUUAAUGAAAUCAAAUUAAAUGUAAACCAUAAAGAUAUUAAAGGUAACACACCUGCAAUGGCUUGUACUGUAUCUAACAUAAAUCCUGUUGAUAAACUUAAGUUUUUAUCAUUAAAGGGGGCUAACCUAGAUGUAGUAGAUAACAAUAACUGUAGUUUACUACAGAUCAGUUGUAGUCAAGGUAUCAUCGAGACGGUAAAAUAUUUAGUUAAUGAAAUCAAAUUAAAUGUAAACCAUAAAGAUAUAAAUGGUAUAACACCUGCUAUGUAUUGUGGGAUUUCUAACAUAAAUCCUGUUGAUAAACUUAAGUUUUUAUCAUUAAAGGGGGCUAACCUAGAUGUAGUAAAUAACAAUAACCGUAGUUUACUACAUCUCAGUUGUAGUCAAGGUAUCAUCGAGACGGUAAAAUAUUUAGUUAAUGAAAUCGAAUUAAAUGUAAACCAUAAAGAUAUAAAUGGUAUAACACCUGCUAUGUAUUGUGGGAUUUCUAACAUAAAUCCUGUUGAUAAACUUAAGUUUUUAUCAUUAAAGGGGGCUAACCUAGAUGUAGUAAAUAACAAUAACCGUAGUUUACUACAUCUCAGUUGUAGUCAAGGUAUCAUCGAGACGGUAAAAUAUUUAGUUAAUGAAAUCGAAUUAAAUGUAAACCAUAAAGAUAUAAAUGGUAUAACACCUGCUAUGUGUUGUGGGAUUUCGGAGCUAAAUCCUGUCGACAAAUUGACGUUUUUAUCAUUAAAGGGGGCUAACCUAGAUGUAGUAGAUAACAAUAACUGUAGUUUACUACAUCUCAGUUGUAGUCAAGGUAUCAUCGAGACGGUAAAAUAUUUAGUUAAUGAAAUCGAAUUAAAUGUAAACCAUAAAGAUAUAAAUGGUAUAACACCUGCUAUGUAUUGUGGGAUUUCUAACAUAAAUCCUGUUGAUAAACUUAAGUUUUUAUCAUUAAAGGGGGCUAACCUAGAUGUAGUAAAUAACAAUAACCGUAGUUUACUACAUCUCAGUUGUAGUCAAGGUAUCAUCGAGACGGUAAAAUAUUUAGUUAAUGAAAUCGAAUUAAAUGUAAACCAUAAAGAUAUAAAUGGUAUAACACCUGCUAUGUGUUGUGGGAUUUCGGAGCUAAAUCCUGUCGACAAAUUGACGUUUUUAUCAUUAAAGGGGGCUAACCUAGAUGUAGUAGAUAACAAUAACUGUAGUUUACUACAGAUCAGUUGUAGUCAAGGUAUCAUCGAGACGGUAAAAUAUUUAGUUAAUGAAAUCGAAUUAAAUGUAAACCAUAAAGAUAUAAAUGGUAUAACACCUGCAAUGGAUUGUGGGAUUUCGGAUCUAAAUCCUGUCGACAAAUUGACGUUUUUAUCAUUAAAGGGGGCUAACCUAGAUGUAGUAGAUAACAAUAACUGUAGUUUACUACAGAUCAGUUGUAGUCAAGGUAUCAUCGAGACGGUAAAAUAUUUAGUUAAUGAAAUCGAAUUAAAUGUAAACCAUAAAGAUAUAAAUGGUAUAACACCUGCUAUGUAUUGUGGGUUUUCGGAGAUAAAUCCUGUCGACAAAUUGACGUUUUUAUCAUUAAAGGGGGCUAACCUAGAUGUAGUAGAUAACAAUAACUGUAGUUUACUACAGAUCAGUUGUAGACAAGGUAUCAUCGAGACGGUAAAAUAUUUAGUUAAUGAAAUCAAAUUAAAUGUAAACCAUAAAGAUAUUAAAGGUGACACACCUGCAAUGUAUUGUACUGUAUCUAACAUAAAUCCUGUUGAUAAACUUAAGUUUUUAUCAUUAAAGGGGGCUAACCUAGAUGUAGUAGAUAACAAUAACUGUAGUUUACUACAGAUCAGUUGUAGACAAGGUAUCAUCGAGACGGUAAAAUAUUUAGUUAAUGAAAUCAAAUUAAAUGUAAACCAUAAAGAUAUUAAAGGUGACACACCUGCAAUGGAUUGUACUGUAUCUAACAUAAAUCCUGUUGAUAAACUUAAGUUUUUAUCAUUAAAGGGGGCUAACCUAGAUGUAGUAGAUAACAAUAACUGUAGUUUACUACAGAUCAGUUGUAGUCAAGGUAUCAUCGAGACGGUAAAAUAUUUAGUUAAUGAAAUCGAAUUAAAUGUAAACCAUAAAGAUAUAAAUGGUAUAACACCUGCUAUGUGUUGUGGGAUUUCGGAUCUAAAUCCUGUCGACAAAUUGACGUUUUUAUCAUUAAAGGGGGCUAACCUAGAUGUAGUAGAUAACAAUAACUGUAGUUUACUACAUCUCAGUUGUAGUCAAGGUAUCAUCGAGACGGUAAAAUAUUUAGUUAAUGAAAUCAAAUUAAAUGUAAACCAUAAAGAUAUUAAAGGUGACACACCUGCAAUGGAUUGUACUGUAUCUAACAUAAAUCCUGUUGAUAAACUUAAGUUUUUAUCAUUAAAGGGGGCUAACCUAGAUGUAGUAGAUAACAAUAACCGUAGUUUACUACAUCUCAGUUGUAGUCAAGGUAUCAUCGAGACGGUAAAAUAUUUAGUUAAUGAAAUCGAAUUAAAUGUAAACCAUAAAGAUAUAAAUGGUAUAACACCUGCUAUGUGUUGUGGGAUUUCGGAGCUAAAUCCUGUCGACAAAUUGACGUUUUUAUUAUUAAAGGGAUGUAAAUUAGAUGUAGUAGAUAACAAUAAACGUAGUUUACUACAGAUCAGUUGUAGACAAGGUAUCACUGAGGCGGUAAAAUAUUUAGUUAAUGAAAUCAAAUUAAAUGUAAACCAUAAAGAUAUUGAAGGUGUCACACCUACAAUGGAUUGUACUAUAUCUAACAUAAAUCCUGUCGACAAACUUACGUUUUUAUUAUCAAAGGGGGCUAACAUAGGUGCAGUAGAUGGGGCUAACCUUAGUUUACUACAGAUCAGUUGUAGUCAAGGUAUCAUCGAGACGGUAAAAUAUUUAGUUAAUGAAAUUGAAUUAAAUGUAAACCAUAAAGAUAUAAAUGGUAUGACACCUGCUAUGUAUUGUGGGAUUUCGGAGCUAAAUCCUGUCGACAAAUUGACGUUUUUAUUAUUAAAGGGAUGUAAAUUAGAUGUAGUAGAUAACAAUAAACGUAGUUUACUACAGAUCAGUUGUAGACACGGUAUCACUGAGACGGUAAAAUAUUUAGUUAAUGAAAUCAAAUUAAAUGUAAACCAUAAAGAUAUAAAUGGUUUCACACCUGCAAUGGAUUGUACUAUAUCUAACAUAAGUCCUGUCGACAAACUGAAGUUUUUAUCAUCUAAGGGAGUUAACCUUAAUAUAGUAGAUAACAAUGAUAUUAGUUUACUAUGUCACUGUUGUGUCGCGGGUACCACUGAAACCCUUAACUAUUUGAUUAAUGUAAUCAAAUUAGAUAUAAAUUUGACUGUCGUAAUGUGUUGUUGUAUGUCUAGAAUUGAUUCAGUACAAAAAUUAAAGUUACUGUUACAAACUGGUAAUGCAUUGGUUACUGAAGGUUUGCAUAGCCGCGAAUUAUUAGAAAAAUUUUGUAAAGAUGGUACUGUAGAAACUCUGACAUUUUUGAUAAAUGAGAUGGGAUCAUACAUAGAUAUUGAUGCACUUUUAUUAGAUUGUUUCCAAACAAAUUUUCAACAGAUGGAAAAGAUUAAUUUUCUGAUAUGGAAAGGUGCUAAGAUCACAAUAUGUCGACCGUAUAAGGAGUUCUUUAAGGAUGACGUUGAUGACUGUACUUAUCUAUUACGUCAUUGAUGACUGCACUGAAAUUUGAUGAAAUUUCUUGUCAAUCAUGCUAUGGAUAUGAUGCUAAGGACAAUGUAUUGAUUUGGACUGAAAAAUCAAAUAUUCAUCUAUGUGAAAAGUUAGUUUUCCUUUUAUCUACAAUGCAGUGUAUUUUCACAGAGCUGAUGUCAUUGUAUUCUUAAAGAUAGGUUCCCAGAAAAGUAUUUAUCGGGUGGUUAUUUCCAAUAAAAGUAUGACAAUUUUUUUAUAGUAAGGGUAUUCCUUGGCAAUUGCAAUAUUUUGAGAAGGAUUUGAAGCAAAACUAUGAUCAAUUAAUUAGUUUGAAUAUGUUUUUAGUCCAAAUAUAUCAUAAAAUCACCCAGUUUGUACGCGGGAAUGUAUCUUUAAAAACAAUGUAUACGCGGGAAUGUAUCUUUAAAUACAAUGUAUACGCGGGAAUGUAUCUUUAACAAAUACAAUGUAUACGUGGGAAUGUAUCUUUAACAAAUACAAAGGUUUAGACGUUUUCGAAAUGAUAAUCUUGAUAUGUGUACCUGUGCCACACUUCCAUAAUAACAUUUUAAACUUCCAAUAAAAUAAAUAAUUCGGGUGUGAUAUCAAAGAGGAAAUAAACAAAUUAGGCUUCCAUGAAGUAUAUUUAUCCAUAGUUUAUUAUCUGUAUAUAAAACAGGCGUGAUAUCAAAGAGGAAAUAAACAAAUUAGGCUUCCAUGAAGUAUAUUUAUCCAUUGUUUAUUAUCUGUGAUAUAUGUCUAUUUUAAGUGUAUUUUUCUUUUCUUGUGUAAUUUUUAUGUACAUUUUUGUAUGAAGUAUAUUUAUCCAUUGUUUAUUAACUGUGAUAUAUGUCUAUUUUAAGUGUAUUUUUCUUUUCUUGUGUAAUUUUUAUGUACAUUUUUGUAUUACCAGUUUUUUCUGUUUUAAAUUGGUAACUAUUUACGUUUGUAUUUUAUGUGUAUUUAGUGUUGAUAUCUAUGUUUUUGUAUUUAAUUGUAAAGCGCUAUUGAGCACCAUAGUGGAAACAGCGGUAUAUAAGUGUUCUUAUAAUAAUAAUAAUAAUAAUAAUAAUAAAUUAGUCUUCCAUGAAGUAUACCUAAACGACCUAUAUAUACACUUUAUUAACAAUUUUGACACAAUUCAGAUGGAAGUGACAAUGAGGGGGAGACGGGAUCACUGAUUUUGUGCAUAACUUUGUGCAUAACUUCCAUCAACAUCACUCUAAACUCUGUUUCUCAACUUUUAAAACUUCGCCCUUCAUUUCGCAGUCGUCUCAACUGCUUCUGGCUAUGUGUCAACAAGAGUUGGGAGUUUUAUAAUAUUUUGGGGGAAUCACGAUGGCUAAGUGGAUAAGACGCUGGCUCACUAGCUUUGAGGUCAGGUGUUCGAUCCCUGCAUUGGCCGAGAAAGUUCAUCCAGAUUUUCCGGCGUGGUUCCCCCUUGUCAGUGAUGCAGGACGGAUGGCCUGGCAAGGACAGCUGUCUAGUAGUUCGGGUGGGACGAAAAACCGAGGUCCCGUGUACAUAUUGGCGUGCACGUAAAAGAUCCCUGGACAGUUGGAAUUCGAUAUAAGAGUAGGCCGUAGCGCCGCUGCCCGGGCAAAAUUUCCCUCAUAGCACACUGUAUGGCGUAUGCCUGUCUUCAUUAGCCCAGUUUAGGAGCAGAACAGUAGGACGUUAAACCCCAUUUCAUUUCAUUUUGUAUUGUAUUAUUUGUAAAUGUAUAUAAAUAUAAUUACUAUACUGUUUAUACAUAAUUAUAAUGGUGAUUCUGUGUUUAUUUCUUAACAUUAAUCAUAUUGUACAAAAUGUGACCGGUGACAGCCAAAUAAGUCGGAAGUCGGACAUGCUCAUUUAACGCUACGAUGUAAAAUAUCUACUUGAGGUUAACUUUAAAAAACAUUUUUUUUUGUGAAAUCCGAUGCUUUAACUUGUCUAUUAUUGGAGUAAUCCAGACAAAUUUAAAUAUUUAAUUGAUUUAGUGUAUAAAUUGGAUUAUUUGUAAGUAUUAUGUUUUACCCCAAGUGACUCAUUUGCCUGUCACCGGUCACAUAUAUAAAAGCAUUGUAUUAUUAUCAAUACGUGCAUUAUUAAAUACUUUACAUUCCUGGUUUAAAUAAAUAAAUUUUAAAUUCUAAAUAAAUAAUAAUGACUUAAA